UCGAUGCCUUCUUCAUUAUCAUAAAUCAACUCUUUGAAGGAGAAGUCGUCCUUGGGUCGGCUGAAUCUGAUGCUAUCUGUCGCUUCAGAGAUUCUGGUGGUUUUAUAGCGGAUCUAAACGAUGUGAGACAAGCGAGUCUGACUCUCGUGCAUGAGAUUGCCCAUUUGUUCGGAGUGGAUCACGACGAUGCAAUUUAUAACUGCCCAUGUCCAUACCACCACUGCAUCAUGAACUCCGGACUAAAAAAAAAAAUUGUUCCAUCCUACGGUUUCUCAACUUGUUCAAGAAAACAUUUUCGUAAAGUAAUUCAAAGGGGACUGGCUCCCUGCUUGGAACAGCGCUACCUCGUAGAACCCUCACAACUGCCAACUCUCCCUUCUCACGAAGAACCUGUUUGUGGUAAUGGAAUUGUUGAAGAAGAAGAGGACUACGACUGCUUAGGAAAACAUCUUCAAUUUUGCAAUACUUCUUGUUACGAUGCGCACUGCAAACUUUAUGACGGAAACUCCUGUGCCUCGGGACUCUGCUGUGAUUUAAACACCUGCCAGAUCAAAACAAAAGGGACCACGUGCAGAUAUAAGAAAUCCGAUUGUGACGUCACGGAAUCAUGUGAUGGCAUUUCGCCAAAGUGUCCACCUGAUCAGCAUGUGCAUGAUGGAACAAAAUGUUUGAGGAAUAAUUACUGCAUAAGUGGUAAAUGCGGUGAUAAAACAAAAACCUGCGCGUUGCUAUGGGGAGCAGGAGUGAAGGAGUCAUCGGAAUGGUGUUACAAAGUUAAUGAGAAGGCAAACUCUGCUGGCCACUGUGGGGUCUACAUGGAUCGUACCGGACUUCACUACAGAAAGUGUUUAAGCGGGUCAUACCUGUGCGGCAGACUCUGGUGCCAAGCACUUGCCACUUACAGAAGGUUCAGUAACAAAAUGGAAUCAUCUGUACAUUUUCAAAGUUCCUCUCAACUGAACAACCAAUUAAAAAACGCAACGUUUUGUGUUGCUGUUGACUACCACUAUGGAAAAACUCAAACAAGUCCAGGGUUGGUUCCGGAUGGAGCUGCAUGUGGUCACAACAUGUUAUGUUUCAAGCAAGUUUGCAGACCUCGCUCGUACAUUCUAUCUGAGAUGCAUGUAAGUGAAAAAGUUCAAAGAUGGAACAUAGCACGCAAUAGCUCCCAUACAAAAGCUCUGAUGUUAGGAUGGCUCAUCGUGUUUUUCAUAAAAUUCAUCCACAAACAAAUCUGACUACCUUAACGAUACAUAUAUUUUUUGUUUAAAUGAAAUUCAUACUCACAUAUUUAAAAACAGUAAGAUGGCAUUGUGAAAUUUAUUUGGAGGUUUGUAUAAAAUGCAUUCAAUUGAUCUAUACAGCAAUAAAUUAAACAAUUAAAUAACUUAA